UGCCCUUCACCUCGCCGCCUUCCCCUUCCAGUCGCUGUGUCGGUGCCAAAGAAGAAGCGAAAGAUGAAGGAGCUGAACAAGAAGGAGGCAGUAGGCGAUUUGCUGGAUGCCUUUAAAGAGUCUCAGAUCAGUGACAGUGCCUCGGAGGCGGAGAACAAACCCCCCGCGUCCACCCCUGCCCGCCAAGCGGAGGAGGCGGCUCCUCCUCGUCCCCAGGAAGAGUCGGAGGAGACGUGGGAGGAGAAGGAGGACAAGCUGGCCCCGGAGAAGGGCAAGGCUGCUGACCAGAAGUACCGCUACAAGGAAGAGCAAUGGAAGCCGCUGAACCCUGAGGAGAAGAAGCGAUACGACAGGGAGUUCCUGCUGGGCUUCCAGUUCAUCUUUGCCAGCAUGCAGAAACCCGAGGGGCUGCCCCAGAUCACCGACGUGGUGCUGGACAAGCCGUGUGUACCUUCGCAGGCCAACAAGACCCCGCUGCGGGCCCUCGACCCCAUCCGCCUCAGCGGCAUGAACUGCAGCCCUGACUUCACCCCCUCCUUCGCCAACCUCGGCCGGCCCGUCAUGGGCAACCGGGGCCUGCCCUCAGGGUUGGGUCCCCGCCGCUCCCAGCAGAGCCAGAGGAAGGAGCCACGCAAAAUCAUUGCCACUGUGUCCCUCAACGAGGACGUCAAGCUGAACAAGGCUGAGAAGGCCUGGAAACCCAGCAGCAAGCGUGCCUCCGAGGAGGAGGAUCCCGAGAACAUCAAGACGCAGGAACUGCUCCGCCGCGUCCGCAGCAUCCUCAACAAGCUGACACCCCAGAUGUUCCAGCAGCUGAUGAAGCAGGUGAUGGAGUUGUCCAUCGACACGGAGGAGCGGCUCAAGGGUGUCAUCGACCUCGUCUUCGAGAAGGCCAUCUCGGAGCCAAACUUCUCUGUUGCCUAUGCUAACAUGUGCCGUUGCCUUAUGGGGCUCAAAGUGCCCACAACAGACAAGCCCACGGUGACUGUGAACUUCCGCAAGCUGCUGCUCAACCGCUGCCAGAAGGAGUUUGAGAAGGACAAGGACGACGACGAGAUCUUUGAGAAGCGGCAGAAGGAGAUGGACGAUGCCAGCGCUCCUGAGGAGAAGGCCCGCAUGAAGGAUGAGCUGGAGGAGGCGCGGGACAAGGCCCGACGGCGGUCCCUGGGCAACAUCAAGUUCAUCGGAGAGCUCUUCAAACUGAAGAUGUUGACAGAGGCCAUCAUGCAUGACUGUGUGGUGAAGCUGCUCAAAAACCACGAUGAGGAGUCUCUGGAGUGCCUUUGCCGCCUGCUCACCACCAUCGGCAAGGACUUGGACUUUGAGAAGGCCAAGCCCAGGAUGGACCAGUACUUCAACCAGAUGGAGAAGAUCAUCAAAGAGAAGAAGACAUCAUCACGAAUCCGUUUCAUGCUGCAGGAUGUGAUUGACCUCAGACGGAAUAGCUGGGUGCCGCGGCGAGGAGACCAGGGCCCCAAAACCAUCGACCAGAUCCACAAGGAAGCAGAGAUGGAGGAGCAUCGAGAACACAUCAAAGUACAGCAGCUCAUGUCAAAGGACAAGAGGAGAGGACCCCCUGGGCCAUCCUCCAGCGGGCGCGGGAGCCUGGUGGCAGAUGAUGGCUGGAACACGGUGCCCAUCAGCAAGGGCAACCGGCCCAUCGACACCAGCCGGCUAACGAAGAUCACCAAGCCUGGAUCCAUCGACUCCAACAACCAGCUCUUUGCACCAGGGGGGCGGCUGAGCUGGGGCAAGGGUAGCAGCGGAGGGUCCGGGGCGAAGCCUGCAGACUCAGCAUCUGAUUCAGGGCGACCGGCCACGAGCACCUUGAACCGCUUCUCAGCGCUCCAGCAGUCGACCCCGGCCGAGAGCCCCGAGUCCCGGCGCGUGGUGCAGAGGAGCAGCUCCAGCCGCGACAGGUCGGAGAAGGCCGGGGACAGAGGGGAGCGGGAGUCGCGUUCGGAGAAGGGCAGCGACCGCCUGGAGCGUCCCGACCGGGGGGAGCGGGCAGAGAGGAACAGGUCUGCCCUCACCAAGAGGAGCUUCAGCAAAGAGACGGAGGACAGGAGCCGGGAGCGGGAGAAGCAGGGCGGCCCCGAGGCCGUGCGGAAGGCUGCUAGCAUGUCGGAGGAGCGGGACAGGAGCCGGGAGAGCGUCAAGCAAGAGCCAGCACCUCCUGCAGCGUCCCCCAAACCCGCCCUCUCAGAAGAGGAACUGGAGAAGAAAUCCAAGGCAAUCAUAGAGGAAUACCUGCACAUCAAUGACAUGAAGGAGGCCCUGCAGUGCGUGCAGGAGCUGGGCAGCCCCUCCUCGCUCUACAUCUUCGUGCAGAAUGGCAUCGAGUCCACGCUGGAGAGGAGCACCAUCUCCCGCGAGCACAUGGGGGUCCUGCUGUGCCAGCUGGUGAAGGCGGGCACGCUCUCCAAGGAGCAGUACUACAAAGGGCUGCGGGAGAUCCUGGAGAUCGCAGAAGACAUGGAGAUCGACAUCCCCCACAUCUGGCUGUACCUGGCCGAGCUCAUCACCCCCAUCCUGCAAGAGGAAGGCAUCCCCAUGGAGGAGCUGUUCAGGGAGAUAACGAAGCCCCUGGUGCCCAUCGGGAAGGCCACCACGCUGCUGGUUGAGGUGCUGGGCUUGUUGUGCAAGGGCAUGAGCCAGAAGACCGCGGGCAAGCUGUGGCGGGACGGGGGCCUGAGCUGGAAGGAAUUCCUGCCCGAGGACCAGGAUGUCAAUAAAUUUGUCACGGAGCAGAAACUGGAGUACACGAUGGGGGACAGCUCGGACACGCCGAGCCGCAAGGAGCUGACCUCGGAGGAGCUGUGCAAGCAAAUUGACAAACUGCUGAAGGAGAACCCCAACAACCAAAGAAUAUACGACUGGAUCGAGGCCAACCUGAGCGAGCAGCAGGUCUCGUCCAACACCUUUAUCAGGGCCCUGAUGACAUCCGUCUGCCACUCGGCUAUCAUCUUCGAGAACCCCUACCGCGUGGACGCCCUGGUCAUCCGCAACCAGGCCAAGCUGCUGCAGAAGUACCUGCGGGACGAGCAGAAGGAGCUCCAGGCCCUCUACGCCCUGCAAGCCUUGGUGGUGAAGUUGGACCAGCCUCCCAACCUGCUGCGGAUGUUCUUUGACGCCCUGUACGACGAGGACGUCAUCAAGGAGGAGGCUUUCUACAAGUGGGAGUCCAGCAAGGACCCGGCCGAGCAGCAGGGCAAGGGGGUGGCCCUCAAAUCCGUCACGGCCUUCUUCACCUGGCUGCGGGAAGCUGAGGAUGAGUCGGACAACAACUGAGCAGCCGUGAGGAGGAGGAGGAGGAGGAAGGGGGCAGAGAGGGAGCGGGGCACCCUGGGGAGCUACUCCAUCCCCUCCCACCCCCCCGGUCCCCCUGGACUUGCUGAUGCCGGGGCCGAGGGACCUGCUGUGCCCCCCGCAGCAGCCCCCCCUCUCUCUCUGUUCCGUUCUCCUCCUCUCCCUCCUCCCCCCGUCCCGGUUCUGUACUGGUUUGUCACCACGGUAAUAAACGGAUGCUGACGGAGGCGGCUGUCGCGGUGGGUCCCCUGGGGGCCCUUCUCCCCCCGCCAGUCUCUGGGAGCACCCCCGGACUCGUGUCAUGGGGAGGGGGGAUGGGAUGGGGACGUUAUCUCUCCCCUCCUCUCCCCCCUUCUCUUCCUCCUCCCCACUUCUUGCUGAAAUAUAGAGAGAUUAUAUAUAUAUAAACUUAUUAAAUUUGGUUUGGGGACAGGAGCGUGAUUUCUCCCCCUCCCCUGUCCUCUCUCUAUUCCUCCAUCACUGCCUGGACCCCUCCCCCCCCCUCC